CAGUCGAUGCAGAGGCAAUUUGGCCGACUGAUGAAACGGUCAGCCGAUGACAGCCAGGUGGCAAUUCUCCUCAAGGAUUUUGAAGAAGCAGACAAGAUCUUAGGACGAGUAAGUAGUAGAUUAUAUUUUCUUUUCCCAGCACCAUGCUUUAGCGUGCACUUCCCCUGCGGGGUGUGAUUUGUUGAUAUCCUUCCGUCUCUUGGAACUGACAGCAAUUCUUCCGCAUUCCGACAGA